GAAUGUUUCCGGGUCGUUCUCUAUAGCUCUUCCGUUCCGCAUUUUGUAACCAGAGAUUUGAAGUUGAAAAGUAUGCUAUCCUGUCUUGGGUGCCCUAUGCUGAGCCGGGUGUUGAGCACAGGGGCCGCGCGAGUUCCAGCGGCAGCUGCCGCUGGAGUCACUCGUGCGACUCCUCCUACCACUCCCGUUACCACCACCAGUCCUGCUACCACGAUGGCCCUCACACGAUAUAACAGCACUGCCACACAACAGGACAAACCAAAAAAGACCAAAUUUGGGCCUCUAGCCGACCAAGAUAGGAUUUUCACCAACCUUUAUGGACGACAUGAUUGGAGGCUGAAGGGGGCGCUGAGCCGUGGAGAUUGGUACAAAACCAAGGAGAUGUUGCUGAAGGGAGCGGACUGGAUCCUCAAUGAGAUCAAGGUCUCGGGUCUGCGUGGCAGAGGAGGUGCCGGCUUUCCCACAGGCAUGAAGUGGAGUUUCAUGAACAAACCCAGUGACGGCAGGCCAAAGUACCUGGUGGUGAACGCAGACGAGGGAGAGCCUGGGACCUGUAAGGACAGAGAGAUCAUGCGUAACGACCCUCAUAAGCUGGUGGAGGGUUGCCUGGUUGCUGGCAGAGCUAUGGGGGCCCGUGCCGCCUACAUUUACAUUCGCGGGGAGUUCUACAACGAGUCCUCCAAUCUGCAGGUGGCCAUUAAUGAGGCCUACGCGGCAGGGCUCAUCGGGAAGGAUGCCUGCGGCUCUGGUUACGACUUCGACGUGUUCGUGAUGCGCGGGGCGGGAGCCUACAUCUGUGGCGAGGAGACGGCCCUCAUCGAGUCCAUCGAGGGCAAACAGGGCAAGCCCCGCCUGAAGCCUCCCUUCCCUGCUGACGUGGGUGUCUUCGGUUGCCCGACGACAGUUGCUAACGUGGAGACGGUGGCCGUGGCGCCGACCAUCUGCCGUCGUGGCGGAACGUGGUUUGUAGGAUUUGGCAGAGAGAGGAAUUCUGGGACAAAGCUCUUCAAUAUCUCGGGCCAUGUUAACCACCCCUGCACAGUUGAGGAGGAGAUGUCCAUUCCCCUGAAGGAGCUCAUAGAGAAACAUGCAGGGGGCGUCCGUGGUGGCUGGGACAACCUUCUGUGUGUGAUCCCCGGUGGCUCGUCCACUCCACUCAUUCCCAGACCAGUGUGUGAAGAGGUUCUGAUGGACUUUGACGGACUCAUCCAGGCACAGACGGGCCUGGGCACGGCCGCGGUCAUAGUGAUGGACAAAUCAACGGAUGUAAUCAGAGCGAUUGCCCGCCUAAUUGAGUUCUACAAACAUGAGAGCUGUGGCCAGUGCACCCCCUGCAGGGAGGGCGUGGAUUGGAUGAACAAGAUGAUGUGGCGUUUUGUGAAGGGCGACGCGCGGGAGGCCGAGAUCGAUAUGAUCUGGGAAAUCAGCAAACAGAUCGAGGGUCACACCAUCUGCGCACUGGGUGACGGAGCGGCGUGGCCCGUCCAGGGACUGAUCCGUCAUUUCCGCCCCAUCAUGGAGAGCCGGAUCGCGGACUUCCAGCAGCAGCAACAGGCCCGAGCUUAAACCUCCUCGUCUCCUGAAAACUCCCCCCCCACCCCUCCACCCCCACCUUCCACCCUCCAUUAAUCUUAUUUAAGCGAAUCGUGCUUUGUCUCUCACUCAAUGUGAACUCUGAACUGUUUGCAUCCACCUUAUGUUGCCUGCAUAUGUCCACAAAUGGCCAAUCUAUUCCCAUGUACCUUAAAUUAGACUAGCCGUACCUGUGGUACCUUACAGCAUUCAUACUCACGGUUUUGGCAAAGUCCCUCAUCUUUUUGGCCUGGGGACACUGGGGAGAUAGCAAUGCUGCUGGAGACAGUGGGACUACAUCAGUUGGAGUAUAUUAAAAUGAGUGUUUAUGAUAGACAUACAACACAGACACUGUUAAAACCAGCGGCCUGAUGUACUAUGGUCGAAUUAUUAAAAAAGCAAUUGACAAAUAUUUUUGUUCUGUUAGUAGUAUGUGAUCAUUCAUGUCUGUCGAGACCAUAUUUCUUGAAAUAAAGCACAUAUGAUUGUG